GUUGGGGUGGGUUUGGCACGAUCUGUGCCGGCACCUCGCUUGGACGGGCAGGCGAAGGAACAGGCGGCGCUGCCUGCCACGGCAGUCCUCAGCGGCUUUCCUUCUCAGUACAACCCCGCCCCGAGGGAGCCGAGCCCCCAGAGACACCUCCCUGGGUCGGCAUUCUAGCAGCAUCUGCAACGAUCUGUCUUGUCACGACCCGACGGGUUCAUUGAACCGGGCCAGCCCCUUCUUAGGGGCGGCAGCGAAGCCAGUCCUGUAACCGGGUGCCUGUGCGGGCAUGCAGCCGGGAAAUGCCGAGAUCCGGGCUGGAGACCGGCUAACCGGGGCUGCUGCCCGGGGAGAUAUAGCUGAAGUCGGACACAUUCUGCAUCUGGAGCUGGUUCAUCCCGACUCCCAUAAUCGCUUUGGCAAGACCGCGUUGCAGGUAAUGAUGUUUGGCAAUAUCUUUGUGGCUGAAGAACUGCUAAAGCAAGGUGCCAAUCCUAACAUCCAAGAUGGGUCUGGCACAACACCAGCCCAUGAUGCUGCCCGCACUGGCUUUCUUGACACCUUGAAAAUCUUGGUGGAGCAUGGUGCAGAUGUCAAUGUCCCAGAUGCUUCUGGCUCACUGCCCAUCCAUGUUGCUAUUCAAGAAGGUCACACAGAUGUGGUUUGCUUCCUGGCACCUCAAUCCCAACUGCAGCAGAAGGACUCCAAGGGGCAAACACCACUGGAGCUAGCAGAGCAUCUCGGGCUUUCACACAUCCAGUGCAUUCUUGAGCAGCAUCUCUCUGUCCCAGCUUAAUUUCAGAAAGACCCCUCCGGUCUGG